CCCAUGCACAUUCGUAUUUUGUAUUCAAUGUGUUUAGUGGUACAGGGCUUUGUACCAUACAAGUGAGACACUUCCCUGAGGGUUCCCUGAAUGAGAUGAUGAAAUGGAUAACUGGUCUGUUAUUGGUGGCGCUGUUACGUGACACACUAUCACAGAUUGCAAGCUCUUCACGUUCUCAUUCAUCCUCUUCUUCAUCUUCAUCUUCAUCCUCUUCAUCGAACAAUCACCAAGGUUUAUCCAGGUUUGGUUCUUUUGGGGAACCCAAUGAUCCACACAAUUUCGAUUUGUUCGCGAAUCCAUCCAACUUGCAGUCAAAUAGCCAUUUCACCAGAGAAAACCAACUACCAUCGACAAGACAGGGCAAUGGAGCUUUUAAAUCGGACAAUUUUGGAAAAAAAUUUGUGGAACAUUUCGUGUCCUCUGGAAGUACAACAAAUUCACAAUCACCAAUUUCUCAACCAAUUCAUAACUUACAACAGAGACACUCUUCUUUCGGAGGUCAGCAGAGAAACUCAAAUCAGGGUCAACAAAAUCCUCACCAUCCAUUUCUUCAAUCUCAAUCAGGAAGCUUAGUAACUCAAGAUCAACCUCAUCGUCUCAAUCUUCAACGUCAACAAGGACCCUCAAAUUUUCCAGGUCAACCUCAACAUCCAAUAAUUCAAAGUCAACAAGGACCUUCGAAUUUUCCAGGUCAAUCUCACCAUCCAAUAAUUCAAAAUCAACAAGGCCCCCCGAAUUUUCCAGGUCAACCUCACCAUCCAAUAAUUCAAAAUCAACAAGGCCCCCCAAAUUUUCCAGGUCAACCUCACCAUUCAAUAACUGAAAGUCAACAAGGCCCUCCAAAUUUUCAAAGUCAACCCCAUGAAUCAGUUCUUCAAAGUCAACAGGGAUCUUCAAAUUUUCAAAGUCAACUCCAUGAAUCAGUUCGUCAAAGUCAACAAGGACCCCCAAACUUUCAAAGUCUGGAACACUCCAAAAUUCAAGGUCGACAGGGCAACCAGUUGAUUCAAAGAAGACAGGAUCAUUCAUUCUUUCAAGAUCAACAAGGGUCUCCGAUAUCUAGUGUUCAGCAUGGAAAUCCUGUCUUUCGAGACCAUCUAGGUCAACAUGGAUUUCCAGUUCAGCAAGAACAUUCGAUGACACUAGGUCAACAAGAGCCUCAAAACAACCAAAGUCGUCAGCGAAGUUUGUUGUUCGAAGGUGAACAUGGAAAUGCAAUAAUUCCAGGACAACCAAUAAUUCAAAGCCUUCAAAGUCAUCAACGAAUUCUGAAUCAGGGUAAGCCUUUUAUUGAUACAGUUCAGGGACAGCAGGAUUUAAAGGGACUUUUUAAACCACAGACUCAUAAAAUUGAAGCAAAUAACCAAAGGCACCCAACUUCGCAGGGUAGUCAUGCUGCUUCUGAGAGCCAUUCUUUCAGCACAAGCAGUUUUGAUGGAUCAAGGCUGACACCUAGUGCUAAUGAUCAUAGUUUCUUUCAAAAAUCAUUUUCAUCAGUAAAAACAGACCAGGCGAUAAAAAAUAAACCAGGGCCUUUACUUACACCGCCGGUAUUUCAAAGUCCCUUUACGCCAUCAUCAAUGGGAAGACCUAUUUAUCCAAGAAAUUUCAUACUUCCCGAAAAAUACAGGGUAAACGAAGCACAUGGUACCGAUAUAAAUACUGUAUUUCAAACACAAAGUGAGAGAAACAAGCAGUCCUCAAUUACUCAAAAUUUUCCCGAUGCUCCAGGAAUAUUUCCAUCCCAGGGAUUCCUUAAAGCCGAAACGCCGAAACCACAAGUGUCCAACAGCGGAACAGAUACCCACACAUCGCAAAGUAGUUCUUUCAGUUUCCAUACAAUAAAUACUCCGCCGUUUGGUGAGGGUGACUUUCAUCCUAAAAGAGUACAAAACCUAACAACAUUCCAUGGACCUGUGCAAUUUAGGAACUGGGUACCUCAAACUGUGGCAGAUGCAUUUGACAGCGAGAUAGUAACGUGCACUGAAGAGUAUCAAAAACUUUCCAACCACACAAUGUGUUAUGUUGAUAACCCUUUUUUGAAUGUAUCCGGUGUGUCAGAAGCGGAGAAGUUGGAGAUAGUGAGAAUUCAUAAUCAACUCCGAGGCAAUGUACUACCAGAGGCUUCUGACAUUCUUACCAUGAAAUGGGACGAUAGACUGGCCAUUGUUGCUCAAAAGUGGGCGAAUCAAUGUAGCAGAUACCAUGAUAAAAUGAGAGCAGUGCCAUCAUUGGGAAAACAUACAUUAAUUGGACAAAACUUGGCGGGAGGAUAUGCGAACUGGUCGACUGUGUUGGAAGAAUGGUGGAAUGAGAACCUUAUUUGGCAAUACGGCGUUGAUCCAAAGACUUAUAUUCCAGAAACUAUUGAUGUUGCUGAAACGAUUGGACACUUCGUACAGGCUGCAUAUAAUGGUACCUACCUUGUUGGUUGUGGAUUUGCUGAAUGUGACGGGAGUCGAUACGAGAAAUAUUACGUCUGUAACUAUGCUCCAGGACUACGAAGCUUCACACACCCUUUCACAAAAGGAGCAAGAUGCGGGGCAUGUCCUCAUAGGUGCAGGAAUGGAAAGUGUGAUUGCGGGGAUAGAGUGUGUAACAAUGGGGGAACACUAAAUACAGAGACUUGUCAAUGCGAGUGUGGCUCGUUAUAUGCAGGACCAAACUGUGAUAUCCUGCGAUGUCCAUUUACCGACAAUGCUGCCUGUGGAGUAGAAUAUCAGAAAGAACACUGUGUGGUUCUUCCUAACGCCAAUCAAGAGUGUCCCUACAUGUGCGGACGCUGCGCUAGAGGACACAUUCUUUGUGGCGGAAGGAUAUGCUACAAUGGCGGAUCACUCAAAGAAAACACUUGUCAAUGCUCCUGCUCUCCUCCCUAUACUGGCGAUACAUGCGAAGUCAACUGUGGAGAAACGGAUGAUCCACAUUGCCCUCGCUGGCCGGACGUUUUCUGUCAUUGGAAUCCGCUUAUCCAAAAACAAUGUCCACAUAGAUGUAAAAUGUGCAAUCAACAGUAGAAU